AUGGACACACGCACUUCGGGAUCAGCCAUGCAUUCAGUGCUACCCCUGCAUUCCUCCGCUCACACGCCCCCGUCCAACCCCGCAAAAAGGGGAUCCACAGUGCGACGACUCGUCCGGGCAGGCCAAGGCCAAGCGCCACAGUUGGGCGGGCGAAACUGUGUGGUGCUCCAAUGUGUCUCUCGAGCCACCCCCGGUCCGUCAGGCCAAUUGUCUCAGACCACCGUAGAGGCGUUUGAGACUGAAAACAACGCCUCGGAGCAGCCAAUAGAGUCGCUGAGCGACACCGAGGCCGUUGACACCGCCAAACAUCUCGCGGAAGCCGAGAUCGAGGCUGGGUCGUACGUCCUGCUCCCCAUCAAAUUCCACAACUCCACCGCCGUCGUCAACUUCGACUUCGAGAACAUGGGAGGCGGCCACAAGCUUCCGCCGGGCGCUGUCGAGGCCCGCUAUCCCCUCCGGCCCACCAAGCCGAAGGGCAAGCUCAUCCCCAAGAUCUACAAGGAUCGCAUCGAGAGCUUCUACAAGGAAGGCCAGUAUGAGAAGUACAAUCUUCGCGCGAUGAUGUUUGAGGGCGCGGCUGUCGGUGAGAAGUAUGUCCAGCUGAGCUCGUGGGCUGCGCCCGACCUCACUCGGCCCAAGUUCAAAGAGGCCACAUCGCACAAGUUCGAGCCCGCCAAGGUGGGCGACUGGUUCGGCCCGUCUUGGGCCACUCACUGGUUCAAGAUCGAGGUGACCGUUCCCUCGGAGCUCCGCGACAAGGAGCGCCUCGAGUUCCACUGGGACGCAGACACCGAGGGCAUGGUCUGGUCCCAGGGCGGUGAUCCAUUGCAGGGCCUGACCGGAGGCGGCGAGCGUGUCGAGUGGAUCCUGCCCGACUCGUUCCGCGAUGGCAAGUCCCAUACCUUCUACAUCGAGAUGGCCUGCAAUGGCAUGUUCGGCACCGGAGAGGGCAUCCAGCCCCCGGACCCCAACAAGCAGUUCAAGCUCAAGACGGCCGACAUCGUCGCCGUCAACUUGCAGGCGCGUGGUCUCUUCAUCGACUCCUGGAUCAUCGGAGAUGCUGCCAGAGAGUUUCCUGAGAACUCCCGUCAGCAGCACCAAGCAUUGGUUGUCAUUAACCGUAUCGUCGAUACUUUUGAGCUGGGCAAUAAGGACUCCAUCAUUGAGUGUCGCAAGAUCGCUCAAGAGUACAUCGGAAAGCAUGUCGACUCUGCGAAAGUCUACCAGAGCGGCACCACUCCCGAGGUCUUCGGCGUCGGCCAUUGCCACAUCGACACCUGCUGGCUCUGGCCGUGGGCCGAGACUCGCCGCAAGACCGCCCGCUCCUGGACCAACCAGUGCAACCUCAUGGACCAGUACCCUGAGCUCAACUUUGUCGUCUCUCAGGCCCAGCAGUACAAGUGGCUCAAGGAGGACUACCCCUACGUCUACGAGCGCCUCUCAAAGAAGGUCAAAGAGGGCCAGUUCCACCCCAUCGGUGGCAGCUGGGUCGAGCACGACACCAACAUGCCCAGCGGCGAGUCUCUCGUCCGCCAAUUCCUCUACGGCCAGAGGUUCUUUGAGGGCCACUUUGGAAAGCGCUGCGAGACCUUUUGGCUUCCAGACACGUUUGGAUACUCGAGCCAGCUCCCUCAGCUGUGCCGCCUCGCUGGCAUGGGCCGCUUCCUGACCCAGAAGCUCAGCUGGAACAACAUCAACAACUUCCCGCACACGAGCUUCAACUGGGUCGCCUUGGACGGCACCCAGGUGCUCUGCCACAUGCCGCCUUCGGAGACUUACACUGCCGAUGCGCACUUUGGCGAUGUCAAGCGAAGCAUCGAGAAUCACAAGUCUAUGGACGCUGAUCACACCUCACUCCUCGUCUUUGGCAAGGGAGAUGGCGGUGGUGGUCCGACCUGGGAGCACCUCGAGAAGCUUCGUCGUUGCCGCGGCAUGGCCGACACUGUUGGCCUGUUGCCGACUGUGCACAUGGGCAACACUGUGGACGAUUUCUUUGCUCAGCUUGAGACCAAGGCUGACAAGCUCCCCACCUGGAACGGCGAGCUCUACUUUGAGCUCCACCGUGGCACUUACACCACCCAGGCUAACAAUAAGCUGAACAACCGCAAGGGAGAGUUUAUCCUCCGCGAUAUCGAGAUGCUGGCCACUUUUGCGUCUCUCAAGGACAGCUCGUUCAAGUAUCCCAAGAAGGAGAUCGACUUCAUGUGGGAGGCCGUCCUGCUCUGCCAGUUCCACGACUGCCUGCCCGGCAGCUCCAUCGAGAUGUGCUACGACGACUCGGACGAGCUGUACGCCGAGGUCUUCAAGACCGCCAAGCGCGUUCUCAACGACAUCUACAAGGCCCUGGGCGUCUCCGACCAGCCCGCCAUUGCCGGAGCCACGGAGGUCGCGCUCAACACUCUGCCCUGGCACCGUCGCGAGGUCGUCGACACCGCCGACGGCAAGGGCGCCAUCGCCUCUGGCGCCGGAAACCUGCUGACACUCGAGCCCAUCCAGGCUGCUGGUGAGCCUGCCGUCAGCAUCAAUGAAGUCAACAAGGGUGUCUUCGUCAUGCAGAACGAUCAGCUCCGCGUUCAGAUCGAGGACGGCGUCAUCACGUCGCUGUUCGACCGCAAGGCCGACCGCGAGGUCCUGGCCAAGGGGGGCAAGGCCAACCAGUAUGUCAUCUUUGACGACAAGCCGCUCUACUGGCAGGCGUGGGACGUCGAGGUCUUCCACCUCGAGUCGCGCAAGGAGCUCGCCAGCGGCCCUUCGGAGAUCAGCGAGGACAAGGGCCACCGCGUCAGCGUCGUCACCAAGACCAAGAUCAGCGAGCUGAGCUCCCUGGUCACCACCAUCAGCCUCUCGGCCGCCAUCGAGGGCGAGCUGUCGUCGGUCGAGGUCACCUGCGACGUCGACUGGCACGAGUCGAUGAAGUUCCUCAAGGUCGAGUUCCCCGUCGACAUCACCAACGACGAGGCCUCGUACGAGACGCAGUACGGUCUCGUCCGCCGGCCCACGCACUACAACACCACCUGGGACAUGGCCAAGUUCGAGGUCUGCUGCCACAAGUUUGCCGACCUGUCGGAGCACGGCUACGGCGUGUCGGUCCUCAACGACAGCAAGUACGGCUUCGCGACCAGCGGCAACGUCAUGCGGCUGUCGCUGCUGCGCUCGCCCAAGGCUCCCGACGCCCACGCCGACAUGGGCGCGCACCACAUCCGCUGGGCCAUCCUGCCGCACGCGGGCCGCCUCGGCGCGGCCACGGUCCGCAAGGGCUACGAGUUCAACAACAAGCUCAAGGUGCUCUCGGCGCCCGACCCGCAGGCCGUCGCCGCCACGGGCCUCGUCGGCAGGUGCCCCGUCCGCCUGGCGGGCGACGCGAGCCUCGUGCUCGACUGCGUCAAGCGCGGCGAGGACGACGAGGACGUCGGCCGCGACGAGGGCAUCCCGCGCCGCAAGGGCCGCAGCGUCGUGCUGCGCUUGUACGACAGCCUCGGCGGCAGGAGCCGCGGCGUCGUCGAGACGAGCUACGACGUGCGCAAGGUGUUCAAGACGAACGUGCUCGAGGACGACCUCGAGGAGGUCCCCGUCGACGAGCACGGCCGGUUCGCGAUCGAGCUCCAUGCUUUCGAGGUUGCGACUUAUCGUCUGCAACUUUGA